UUAUCAAAAUGUAGAUAAUUUUCAUUUAAAAAAACUAAUAUGAAUGUUAUAAACUAUUAAAAGAAUCCAAGUUAGGGUAGAAAUAUUGGUUAGUAAUGAGAAAGAGGAGAGGAAGGGGUUCAUUCACGGGUUCAGUUCAGUUAGUGAGUGAAGUUGUUGUCCUCAGGCGGGUCACACUGUAGCCUCCUGCCCGCCCACUCUGACCUCGCCCACCUACACUGACCUCGCCCACCUACACUGACCUCGCCCACUGACACAUCCCCGAGGCACCAGGAGGUAUUAGUGGGGUGUAAGUGUCUGUGUGUUUAAGUAUGAGUGUCAUUACGUUGCUGAUGGUUGCCUGUGUGACACGUGGGACUCAUCUGCCUGAAAAAUAGAGAUGGAAACCUUAAGUAUAGCGUGCAUCACCUGGAACGUGGAGACCACGUGGCCGGAAGAGGACCUCCAUGCCUUAAUGGGGGUGCGCAAGGAUCCCAUUAUUAAGCGCGGCCUGGAUGACACUCUCCCAGACCUCUACAUUGUAUGCCUUCAGGAAGUUAAGUCACAGCCACAGAAUGUUGUUAUGGACACGUUGUUUGAGGAGCCGUGGACUAAUGCUCUGAGGGAAGUUAUCGGCCCCCAUAACUACGUGAGGGUCAGUGGCGAGCGUCUGCAAGGAUUAGUCACCAAUGUGUUCAUUAAGCGGCGUCAUCUACACCACGUUCGGGACAUUCACACGUCUGUGGUCCGAACUGGCUUUGGGGGCUUCUGGGGCAACAAGGGAGCCGCCAGCAUCAGGUUGUCGCUGUACGGAACAUCCAUAUGCAUCGUUAACUGCCACCUGGCUGCCCACGACACAGGGUACAGGGAGCGGGUGGAGAACUUCAAUGCCAUCGUCGACUCUACCCGAUUCCCGAUCCCAGAGACGAGUAACAUCCUCUUCCACGACUAUGUGUUGUGGCUGGGAGACAUGAACUUCCGUUUUGAGUCCCACCUGACGUCAGAGGCCAUAGCCAAGCAUAUUGCCGAGGCUAGCUGGACGGCCCUAGAGGAGGUGGACGAGCUGCGGAAAGCCCAGAAGAGUGGAGACGCAUUUUCUAUGUUGAAGGAGGGGAAACUCAACUUCCCUCCCACUUAUAAAUAUCUGGAGGGGACAUCUACCUAUGAUUUUAACCGGAGACCAGCCUGGACCGACCGGAUCUUGUACCAGGUUCACGUGGACGCCUACGAAAACGUUAAAUUAGGGAUGGACCAAAUAUCGUAUUCUCCAUGCGACUCUUACACCCAGUCUGACCACAAGCCAGUCAUGAGUACUUUUAAGAUCAAGGUGUUUGCUGACCAUGAAGAGCGUUGUGUGCACUUCCAGCCUGUGGGAACUUGGGUAGUGGGAGAGGGAGGUCCUGUGAAGUUUACUCUUGAUUCUGAUGUUGUUACCUCACCCUGGGAUUAUAUCGCUCUCUAUAAGGUGGACUUCACAUCAAUGCAUCAGUACAUCACCUACACCUACAUUCCUCAGCCUCCUGUUGGCAAUACCACACAGCGGACUUUUCAGCUCCUAUUCAAUGAUGAGCUUCUGCAGCACCCAGGUAUGUAUCGUCUUGUUUACUACUCUGGGAAGUACUACUCUUACCUGGGUAUGAGUGACCCAUUCCCUGUCCUCGCCCAGUCCUAGUGGCUCUGGGGGUCACUCUCGUUUGAGAUGACGUUGUCUCGAGCCAUGGACCCGAGUCUGGAUUCUCGAAGAUUCACACGUUUCUCCACCCCCCACUCCCCUCAUAGCUGGGGUAGUGGAGAAAAUGUCUGGGUAGGGUAGAGUAGAGAGUUUCAGUGCCAUACUCACAUCAUUUACACCCUUCCCCUCCUAUAUAUUCUACUGGAUAAAUUAAAUGUACAAAUCUUUGAGAAUCUGGGCCCAGUCGUCCAUACAUUUAGCCUUGUUUGUAGUUAAGACAAAAAGUGUGCUAAGGACUCUGGUUUACUCCCUAAUGGUGGAUCACAGAGUAGAGUGCGGUAUAUAUUUCUACUUGCACGUGACAAGUAUUUUUAAGAUGAUUCAGUGGGAUCAAGACGAUUAUUACUAACCUGUGGGCCAGUGCUGUUGGGGGUCCUUGUCCAGGCUAUAAUUCUAAUAUGUUCCACUCUACUGCACCUAGAGGGUGUCUCUCACUCAUCUAGUAAUCUGUUCACCAUUAUCAGGUUACCUACCUGCCAUCCUACUCUUGUGUACGGAUGUUAUUUUUUUAAAGUUAUUUGAAGUGGU